AUUAAUAAGAGACUAGAUUUAUUUUUGUAACUAGUUAUAUCCGAAUUAUAACUAUAGUGUUAUUUUUAUCAAUAAUAACAAUAAAUUCAAAUCUUGGUUAGGUUUUCAAUAAUAACAUGUAAUAUAAUAACAAUAAUGGACUAUUUAAAAGAUAUCUUUCAUUAUUUAAUUAAUUUUUAUCUAUGUGUGAUAUAUAUGAGUUUGCAAUGUAGUGCAGUUUAUAGUCAAUAAUUAUGGCCUGAUGCUAUUUUACUUUUUGAAAAAUAAAGAGAAAGAAAUGGAGACAGCAACAAUUGUAGAACCCAUGGAGGAAAGUCCUGAAAAGAUUCAAACAAGUCCUCCAAUACAAGUAGUGAGAGUUCCAGUAAAACAUGCUAAUCUUGGAAUAAGAAGCCAUGCCAUGGAUAUGAGCACAAUGGUGGAGCUUACAUCUUUUAGUACACUUGGAAAAAUACAACCAUUUUUAGUUACUAUAACAACUACUGCAGCAUUAUUGGUAGAUUUACAUUGUCAUUUAACAGAUAAAGAAGUUUGUGGCUAUUUAGGUGGUCACUGGGAUAUUAAUUCACAUAAUUUAUCUAUAACAACUGCAUUUCCAUGUCGUUAUUCCGGCAAAGAUAAAUCAGCUGCAGCUGCAGUUGAAUCUGAAAUUGCAAGAGCAAUGGAAUGGAAACAUGUGACUUUAGUUGGAUGGUAUCAUUCUCAUCCUAGAUCUCAUGCUUCUCCUUCUCUUAGGGAUGUUGAUUCACAAUUAGAUUAUCAAAUUAAGAUGAAAGGACCUAGUGAUAAUGGUUACACACCAUGUGUGGGUUUAAUAUGCUCACCUUAUAAUACAGAUGGCAGUUGUUAUGAAUCAAAUUUUAAUGUUUUUUGGUCCCUACCACCUCCUGAAAAUCGGCCUCAUGAAUACCCAAGACCAAUGCUUUUGAGUUAUACAUUAUCUCAAGAGCACUUUCUUUCUCAAGAUACAUUAGAAGAAAUUAGAAGAUGCAUAGAGUAUUAUAAAAGUGAAGGAGGUAUUGAUUUUACUGCCAAUUUUAACAAUAAUACGACUUAUCUUGAACGUUUAAGAUGUUCUUUAGCAUCCAAGUUACCAGGUCGUAAUAGAUCGAACGGUUCGUACUGGGAUAUAAUUAGAGAAAUGAUUUGUCCUGGUUCUGAAGAUGGAAGUUCACCGGAAUUUUUGACUAUGAAAUUUCCUCUGGUACCAGUUUCAGAAUCACUUGUCCCUUCAGUUCCACCAGGAGUUAGUCUUACACCUAAUAAUGCAGCUGUCUUCCUAACACCUGUGAACUUUAAACCUGAUGGUGCUAUAAUUACACCUACAUCAAAAUCUUUUGUGAUGCAACCAUCCACUUCUAGAGAUAAUAUUAAAAAGGAUAUUAUAAGUACGGAUUCCGCAUCUAUUACGCAAUUAAAGGAUGGAAACGCUUCGUCUAAACAUAUAUCACCAUCAGAAAUAAUACCCAGUUUUCAAUCUGGAGAACUUACAGUUUCUGUAAAAAAUGCUAAAUGUGAUUAUGAUUUUGCACCCGCUGAUUUUUCAAAAAUAUCCAAUCCUCUUGGAACUGAUACAAGUAUCAAUAAAACGCGAUCGUCCACAUCUGAUUUCCCUUUAGCUGAUAUAACGCAACAAAUUUCUAAAUUUUCAGAUUUAUCAAAAUUAGCUAAUUUUUCCACAGCAGAUUUAGCAAAACUCUCUGGAUUUCCUAUUCCAGAUUUUGCGAGAACAUCAUCGCCAUCGCCGUCUGCAUAUAUGCGUAAUAUUGCAAAUUUAUUUGGUCCGAUCGGAAAAAUUUCUCCUGCAAGGGAUAUUGAAUCGAACGAACGUAAAUCAAACGAUUUCAGUAUAGUUGAUUCUAUUCAAUCGCCAUUUAAAGUAAAUUCUGGAUCUUCAGAAUCUUGUAGAAAUUUUUCUGCAACUCCAGAAGAUUACUCGACUGAUCGUAAAAAAAUGGAUAUACAAAAUGAUAACGUAAAGCUCAAUCGAUCGAAUGAGUAUCAAGGAACAGAAGAUCUCUCAAUUUCUAAAUCUGAAUUUACUGGAAUGUUGGACAUGACUACAAUUCAUAAAAAGCAACAACAGUCACAAAGUGGUGAUAUUGGCGAUUCGUUAAAUUUAUCAAAAGAUCGUCAAUAGAUUUGCUGCUUAUUAAUCAGUAUUUCAGGAUUAUUAUUAUUUUUGUCUCUUCAUAUUAUAUUGUCUAUCUGCAUAAAUAUAUUUAAAUGUGACUUUUA